UCCGGGGCGGUGGGACCGGGAGAGGGAAAGGAGAGGGGCCGGGAUCGGGGUCGGCGUCAUGGGGAAGUCGGAUUUCCUCAGCCCCAAGGCGAUCGCCAACCGCAUCAAGUCCAAGGGGCUGCAGAAGCUGCGCUGGUACUGCCAGAUGUGCCAGAAGCAGUGCCGCGAUGAGAAUGGCUUCAAAUGUCAUUGCAUGUCUGAGUCCCACCAGAGGCAAUUGCUGCUGGCUUCUGAAAAUCCUCAGCAGUUCAUGGAUUACUUCUCUGAGGAGUUCCGAAAUGAUUUCCUAGAACUGCUCAGGAGGCGAUUUGGAACAAAGAGAGUCCACAAUAAUAUUGUGUACAAUGAAUACAUCAGCCAUCGAGAACACAUCCACAUGAAUGCCACACAGUGGGAGACACUGACUGACUUCACAAAAUGGCUAGGGAGAGAAGGUCUUUGCAAGGUUGAUGAGACUCCCAAAGGCUGGUACAUUCAGUACAUUGACAGGGACCCUGAGACUAUUCGUAGGCAACAAGAACAAGAGAGGAAGAAGAAACAGGACCUUGAUGAUGAAGAAAAAACUGCUAAGUUCAUUGAACAACAAGUUAGAAGAGGUUUGGAGGGGAAAGAACUGGAAAUGCCUGUCUAUACUGAACUGAACAGAGAAAAUGAAGAAGAAAAAGUUACAUUUAAUUUAAACAAAGGAGCAAGUACUUCAAUCGCAGCAUCUUCUAAAACAAGCAGUGUCCUUGGACAGAAUGCACUGAAGAUGGUGGAGGGGGCAGUUAAAAGAAAAGAAUCAGCUCAUAGCUCUAGUCAGCCCAAAGAGAAGAAGAAGAAAUCUGCACUGGAUGAGAUCAUGGAGCUUGAAGAGGAGAAGAAAAGAACAGCUCGAAGAGACUACUGGUUGCAGCCUGAAAUCAUUGUAAAAAUUGUAACGAAAAAGCUUGGAGAGAAGUAUCACAAGAAGAAGGCAGUUGUUAAGGAAGUGAUUGACAAAUACACAGCGGUGGUGAAGGUGAUUGACUCUGGAGACAAACUGAAGCUUGAUCAGACACAUCUAGAAACUGUAAUACCUGCACCAGGCAAGAAAGUAAUGGUAUUAAAUGGUGGGUACAGGGGAAAUGAAGGAAUCUUGGAAUCCAUCAAUGAAAAGAGGUUCUCAGUGACAAUAACCAUUGACUCUGGACCUUUAAAAGGACGUCGGGUCGAAGACAUCCAGUAUGAAGAUGUUUCCAAACUCGCCUGAGGUGCUAAUCGUGGAUCAGAGAAGAUUUUGGUUCCCAAAACCAUCUCUCUGACAUCUUUCAGACAGACACAAGACUCUACCAUGUCAGGGUUUUAAUUGUGUGUGUAUUUAUAAUGUAUAUAGAAAUUAACAGAAGCAAACUUGAUCUAUUUAAAGAUAGCUAUGGAUUUGUUACAUUAAAUGUUUGUGGAAAUAUUAUCAGUGGAGAUUUUUCAUCUGAUUCUAUAUCAAAGUUAUGAUAUUUACUUCAAUUUCCUGUUGUAAAAUAUUGGAGAGAGCUGCAAGCUGGAGUAUUUUAUUUACUGAAGUCUGUGAGCAGGUCCAGAAGAGAGAAUUAGCUACAGGCAGGCAGAGUGUGUAGAAGCCAGUGGAGUUUAAACAACACCCUUCUCAAUCCACAGCCAAAACAGAGCUGUGGCUGUAGGAACAAGGGAAGGGAUUGGGGGAAUAGCAGGAAGGUACCAGUGCUGCAAGAGAUUAUUCCCUGGAUGCUGCGAGAAUGGUCUGGUUUAUGAAGUGCUGUCACCAGUUUAUUUUUGAUUAGCACACGGGUGGUAGUGGAAUGCAAGUCAUUGCUCCAACACGUUUGUCAGGGUUCCUGAUAAUAUUAAUAUGCAGUUUAUCUCCAUAUGGACUCUGUAGGGAGUUACUCCAUGGAUGUUACUUGUGGGGUUUCUAGGAUGCCAGGUAAAGCAUGUGCAUGUAGGAGCUGAUGGUUGCUCUCCUGGUUUUCCAGAGCCUUUUCCUUUGUUCAUGCUUCUGUUGUUACUCUGCUACAUGAGUAACGUUACUUGUGCUAAAUGAUACAACAUUACUUGUUUUAUUUUUUU